AUGGCGGGGAAAUCGAAUGAUCACUUCAAGCACGAUCCUAUCAGCGUGACCAGCCCCGAUCAUCUCGCAGAACGACCAAUUCACUCGCGCACGCGACUUGCGAACUCAGAUGCCAACAAAAUGCAAGCGCUCUGGUCUAGAGCAGGCCAGGUGCGCUUGUGCGGCUGCAAGGGCUGCCUGCCUGCCGCCAGUGGCAUGAUUCGACAAUCGACGACCCGUGUCCCGCGACGAAAACCGACGUUUGGCGAGUUCUUCACGGCCUUUUACACAUCCAUUAUGGGAACCGCUGCCAUGUACGAUGCCAGGAGAAAGGAUGUGAGGCGGAAAGAAUUGGACCGUCAAUUGGCCGAAGUCAGAUCAGACCUGGAGAGGUUACUCGAGCCGAUACCAGCAUCGGACCUCGAGUCCGAGCCCGCGCCGCCGUCCGAUAUCUUUAAUCGAAGCGACGGCAUGUGGUACGACUACAAGAAACAACGCGGCUUUUCACAAUAUCUGGACGGCCUGGGCGAUACAUCGACGUGGUUAAGAAAUGGCCCUCGAUCGGCUGAGCUGGAGAGAUGGCUGCGAACGUCUGGCCUACCUGAACUGGAGCCGUCAGCCACGGCAGCAUCCGCGUCGGACUACGAACAACUUCAGCAGAGGUUGCAACAGGAAGAAGAAAACCCGAAUAUCGCCCAUCGCGUGCCGAAAACCAGAAAGCAAUUGAUCGCUGCGCAACAUGCCGUUCGUUCGCUCGUGGUCGAGCUUCUUAGGGCAGCAGAUCUCGGCAACCUCACUAGGCAUGGACGCUUGGAUCGGUCUGCCGAGACGGCCUCUGAGACCGAACUUCGGACGAUGCUGAAACAAAAGUCAUAUCCUCUUUUCGAGACGUCAGGUCACGAUAUGGUCAAGGGCACGAUCGAACUCAACCGCAGCCUGAGGGCGAUUCUGGCUUCGUCACAGGCGGCACUACGACGAGAUGCAACUCACGACAUCAGAGACAGCGUCACCAAAGUGUGUUACAACCUGCUGGUGUCACCUCAUCCUCCAACGAUCCACACUAUCAGCACCCUCAUUUUGGGGUUCGAUCGGAUGGGAAAGCACGCCAUAUCGAACGCGGCUGUCAGGCACUUCCUCUAUGCCUCGAGGACAGCGCCGACUGAGCAAGCCAUGGUGUGCAUGCUCAACCAUUACAAGGAACAAGGCAACCUGGUCCGUUUCCACAAGCUCGUCGAUCGCUUUACGGGUCGCGAUCCCCGAGGCAUUCAUGUACAGAAGAGGGGGGUGGAAGACCUCCAGGCGUGGCUUUCACUGCAAACGUGGGCCAGGAGAAAGGACGUCGCAUACCGCGACGACGCUUUCGUGGAACGAAUGUGGUUCAGCCGCGACAUACUGAACACCAUCAUCCAGGGCAUGCUGUCAUUCGACUGCUUGCGGCAAGCAACGGGCUUGAUCAAGCUCUGCUGGGAUCGUGGUAUCCAUGUCUGGACACAAACAGUGCUGCAGACACUUGAUCAAUGCGCACAUGCGCUGGACGAGGAUGUAGCGUGGAAGAUGAUUACAGCGCUGAAGAAGAACGCGCACAGUAUACGGCUUGGGCCACUCAAACAAAGCGGAGCGCGAUAUGUUGUCAAGCAGGCUUCAGAGGCUGUUCGACAUUUGCGAGCUAGAGACGUCAGUCGACUCGAUCUUCCCAUCACUCAAGUCGCCCAGUACGGGUACGGGGAUGGGAAUGAGCAGGACGAGACGGCAAGGCGCCCUGCAGGUGCUUGUUGUCAGGCGCAAGGUUGA